UGUUUAGACCUUCAUCGUUUUAGUAUUAUGCAGUGUAAACUAGAAUGUGUUUAGUGUCAUUUUAACCGUGCAUUGUUGAAAGUAUCAGUUAAUCGAACGAAAGUAGGUAAUCACUGAUGUUUUAAGGUGAUUUUAGGGUGAUUUGAGUUAAUAUCUAAGUCUGUCAAGAAAUCUACAUCCAUCACUUUUCUCGUCAAGUCGUCACACGACAAAUCUCACAAUGGCUAAUUAUGACGAGAAUAAAAGCGAGAGUUCCGUCGAAAUAAAAGCAGAAAACGAGGGAGAGGACUCCGAGGAGAGAGAGCCUGAUAAGAUAUUAAUUAUAGAUCCUGAUAGCGAAGAAUUAGACUUCAAUCACUCAAGAUUAACCAAACUAGAAAAUCUAGAACCAUUAACACAAGUACGAAGAUUAUGCUUCACAUGGAAUCUGAUUAAAAAGAUAGAAAAUCUUGAUACACUUAUUAGUUUGGUAGAAUUGGAAUUAAGAGAUAAUCAAAUUAUAACAAUAGAAAAUCUAGAUGCCCUCGUAAAUCUAGAACUCUUGGACUUGUCAUUCAAUCGCAUUAAGAAGAUAGAAGGGUUAAGUAGCUUAUUGAAUUUACAAAAAUUAUUUUUAUCGUCAAAUAAAAUUUUACAAAUUGAGAAUAUCUCACACUUAACAAAUCUUACGACGCUGGAAUUAGGCGAUAAUAAGAUACGUGAAAUUAAGAAUCUCGAGGGUCUUGAGAAUCUGACCAAUUUGUUUUUGGGUAAAAACAAAAUCACCAAAAUCCAAAACUUGGAAAACCUGAAAAAUCUCACGUUGUUAAGUCUACAAAGUAAUCGAAUUAUAAAGAUUGAGCAUAUUGAGGAAUUAAAGAAGUUGAAUCAAUUGUACUUGUCUGAAAAUGGUAUAAUGUGUAUAGAGAGCAUAGAAAAUUGUCCAGAAUUAACAACGUUGGAUCUAGCAAAUAACAAAAUUAAAAAGAUUCAAAAUAUGGAUCAUCUUGAAAAUCUUGAAGAUUUCUGGAUGAAUAACAAUGAAAUUGAAGAUUGGAACACGUUGGAAAGUUUAACAGUCAACAAACAAUUGCAGACCAUAUAUCUGGAGCACAAUCCCAUUGCAAAAGAUCCAAAUUAUAGAAGAAAAGUCAUGCUAUUAUUACCAUGGCUCAAACAGCUAGAUGCAACUCUCUGUAAGAGAAAAACUGGUCAACAAUGGGGAGAAUAAUAACAAGUAAUACAUGAAUAGAAAGUAUAAUUAAAGAAGUAGUAUAAAUUGUCUAUAAAGGCUUCAUGUAAUGGAAUUCAG